GUAGAUGGUACUCGCCAGUUGCCAGAAAAAUCAUGGUACAUUUAAAAUAUCUGACUGAAAGAGACUUCAGGGUUUCCCUGUCCUUUUAGUUACUUUGGCAAACAACUAACCAGUUUCAACAAUUUCAGCCUGAUAGGAGCCGUUUGAGCAGAACAGAUGGCCGUGGCCUUGAUUACAUUGUUUUUUAUUGAUUCCGCUGUCAGUGGAUUAAGAGUGUUUCCCUGAAUACACACAAAUAGGAAGUGAGAUUUCUAACACGAUAUCUUCACUGUGUAUUUCAGAUGCGUAGUAACAGUUAAAGAAUAACUUUGUAUUUAUUCAAAAAAAUGCCAAGAUGGUGAAGCAGUUAGAGAUUACCUGUAAUAGUACCGGCUUACUCCUGAAUGUACAAUAUGACUUUGUUGUGCUGUAACUCCUCAGUGUGGCGGGGCUGUUGCCUCAUUACCUGCAAUUCUAAUGGCAAAUGAUGAACCCAUUAAGUAGGGUUGUAAGUAUGGCUAUUCACCUGUUAUACUACUUCGCUGAUGUCUCCUGUUCAGUAUUUUAGGAUGUUCAUAGCUAUUUUUGAUUUAGGAUUGCCAGUAGCAGAACCUGUUGCUUUCUAUUCAAGCAAGCCUGAGUGCCAUUUGAUUCCAUACCAGACAGUGCCGCUGCUGGGGCAUUACAUAUAAUCACCUGGUGUUGCUGCUUUAACAAAGAAAACAAAACCCCCUUGAUUGCCUGUAUUUUAAUGGUAUAGAAAAACUAUGUAUAUAGGCAUAAAGUCCUGACCACGACAACAACAUUGUCAAGAUGUUUUUUAGAAAACAUCUCUAGCCCUCAGACUGGACCUGAGUUUGGCCUCCCUUAUCUAUUCUGCCAGACUCUGGCUUUCAGCCAGUCAUGACAAGGAAGUCUUAUUCUUUUUCACACAAGAGAAUUCCAUGGUGGCAUUCUGACUGGUUAUCAUCCAGAUAUUCAGAGCUGUGUUGCUACUGUGUUAAACUGUUAAAUUUGUGGGCUCAUUCAACAGAGUACGCCAGUGCAAUGAUGCUUUUAAUCCUGAAAAAAUGUCUCUAAUAGGAACAACAAUGCUUAAAUCCAGUUAAGAGCAACAACGUAACAACAAAGUAACUUCUCAGGGCUAAAGUUUAUAUAUUUUUUGUGCAACAUUUCCGGAAUACGUUUUGUAGGGUUUUGGUUAAAUACACCAGCGGUAGUAGUAGUUGUUGCUUUCAGAUGAGUUUGGUAGUCAUUUAUAUGGCCAGUCACCAUUGCUGCUCACAAAGGUUUUCUCCAGCACAGCAACAUUCAUAUACUGAGCUGCUGAGGCAGCAAGCUGCAGGCUUUGUAGGUUUGCCUGAUACGACAGUGAGCACAGAUAAAACAGGGCGGCAUUUGCCUAAAUAUAAGUAAGAUCACAGUUAAAGUAGAAUUUCAGCAGUGUUAUAUGGGACAUAGGGUUCAACCACAUGGCUCAUCCGUAGAUCUGAAAGUGAAAGAGAAAGUUUAAAGCAAAUGUUAUUCACAAGCCUUCAAUUCUUGGGGAAUGCAAAAUGACAAACAAUCAAGAAAACUCAUGUUUGUGGAAAUAUUCUAUAUAUUUUGAAAUGGGAUGUGCUUCGCAUUGAAAGGCAUCUGACUUAUUUCAUGUUUGUAAACACCAACAAAAACACUGUAAAAGUAUUUGGUUGAGAAAAACAAUGCCACUCCUGAUGGUGGUGAAGUGAGUCUGAAGUGAUGUUCUCUCAUAACUUUCUUUCAUCAACUGCUGUAGAAUGUGUCUCUUCAUACUGCAAAAUUGCUCAUAUAGUUGCAUUUGUUAGAUCUUCUAGGACACAGCUGAUGAGGCCUUGCACUUGCUGGCUUGAUUCAUUCAGAACCGCGUUUAAAAAUGGACACUUUUGUCCUGCAGGCUCUUGUGGCGGAGGAGAUAAGAGACAGCGAAGGCCUUUGAACCGCGGAGCUUCAAUGACUAGUUCAGCUGACCUUUUAUUUUCCACUUUGCAUUGAAAGCUACCAAUUCCUUUUCUUUUCCCUAGCAACCUGCUAGUCCACUCCCAAUUUAUAGGGAUUUCUUUGAGGUUCCAUGUAUGAUGUUCCGCACUGACACGCCGGUCUGAUGUUACAGAUUUUUAUCUUCUCUGCAUCCUAACCUGUUGCUACACCCUCCCACUCCCUGCCUAUUUGCAUGGCAACCCUUUACCAGGCCGGCCGCUGCUGCCCUUUUCUUUCUUCAUGUUGAAUUCUAAUCAUUACUUUCAAAGGAAGCGUCUCUAAAGCUCCUUUAUCGAGCGUUCGUGCUGGGAGGAGGCAAGCUGCUGUCCAACACCCACUCAGACUGCUCUUCUUAAUACUUCUAUCCUGCAAAUCAUCGGGAGCACAGUCGGUUUGUAACCUGCUUCUUCAAGUUUGGACAAAAUAACACGUGGAAGCAGAAGCUCUGCAGUGAUGCCAUGAGGUUGAUUCUGGUUAAACCCACCAACGCAACACGACGUCUAGACUCAACAGGUGAAGUCUUCCAAGACGGGGACCGUGAACAUUGUACCUCAGGAGGUCCAUCCUCUCUGAUAAAAAAACCUGAGGGGAAGCAUGACCCGUACUCCGGCACCUCAGUUGAAACACCUUCGUCCCCACAGGAGAAGAGUCUUUGCUGUGUUUCGUCUUCACCUCACGAAAGAUUGAACGGAAUCAGUUCCCCGCGAUUUUCAGCCCAGAUGUCGCCACUGAAAACCCGAAGCCUAACCUUAUCACAGCUGAGCGAUCAGGACUGGCUGCUGCUUUGUGGCCAGGUUAGCAGUGUAGGAGAUGAUUCACCCUCAGCAGAAAGAGCAGGGACCAGUGUGGGUCAUCCAAACCACAAUGACAGAUGUGGUUGUCCCUGUCCUGAUGCUCACCAGCAUUCAGAGACCUCCGGUUUUCAACCACAAUCAAAACACUUCACUAUCCAAGACGGUGUCUCCAGAGUUACAAAUAAGAGAAGCCUUUCAUCUGCACCACACUCCCAGUCUUUCUCUCACAGCAGCCAAAUUUCAACCACUCACCAGGUUAUACCACAGCAAGCAAACCAUCGAGAUCUUUUGAAACCAGCGUCAGACCAUGCAAAGGAUAAUUUCAUGUCUCAGUGCGCUGAACAAGAAGGUCAAAAAGAACAACCUUGCAAUCAUUUGAAACUCAAAGACAGCAGCCAAGCAGCUUGUCCAAAUUUGUUUAACAUUCCUCUAAACUCCACAGAGUGUGCCAAGACAAAUCAGAAACUUCAAAAACAGCCUUCAGAUGUCAACUGGAGAGAACUUUUUGGUAAAGAACCACUCUUAGUUCAACAACGUCAAAAGCAGGAAUCUCACUGCUUGGGAACUAGGGAUCAAACCUGCAACUCAUCCGGAGAUCCAUCCAUCGACCUCAAGUGCCGUCAUCUUCCCUCCAGCUCUCCAUGGGCGAAGAGGUCAUCUAUACUAGUUAGUAAUAAAAGUGUAAAGUCUUUCUCCACCAGCCAGUAUAGUUCACUGGAAAACCAGGGUUUAAUGGAAGAGAAAACAAGACAGCGACAAAAUCAGACAAACCCUCAGAACCUCAGUGGAUCGAGACUCUCCUUGCCUAAACACAGUCCUCUACUCUAUGACACACUAGAAACAGUCGACAUUCUAAACGGAGAUGUGGUGCGACCACUGAGCAGCCACGGCACCUUAAGAUCUAGUAUUGCAGACCUUCAUUCAAGCCAGCAGCCUCUUCAGCUCCUUCACAGCACCAUCCUCGAGGACGCCUUCUCCAAAGUCAUCAGAGAAGACUCCAGUAAGACCAACAGUGAAAACAUGACCAGAGAGGAAGGUGCCGUACCACAGAAGAAGGACUUUAGCUACCGGCUGGGUCAGAGAAGAGCUCUGUUUGGGAAGCGCAAACAGUUGAGCGACUAUGCGCUGGUCUGCGGGAUGUUUGGUAUUGUUGUCAUGGUCAUCGAGAUUGAACUGUCAAGGGAAUUUUACAGCAAGCAAUCUAUUUACUCAUAUGUACUUAAAGGCCUGAUUAGCCUUUCUACCGUCAUUCUACUUGGACUCAUUGUGAUGUACCACGCAAGGGAAGUCCAGCUCUUCUUGGUGGACAACGGGGCAGAGGACUGGAGGAUAGCCAUGACCUUUGAGCGAAUUCUCUUUGUCGGCUUGGAGCUCCUCAUCUGUGCCAUCCAUCCAAUCCCAGGUCAGUAUGUGUUCACUUGGACUGCUCGACUGGCCUUCAGCUACACAGCGUCAGUGGCGGACGCUGAUGUGGACAUCAUCCUCUCUGUGCCGAUGUUCCUGCGCCUCUAUCUGAUCGGAAGGGUCAUGCUGCUCCACAGCAAACUCUUCACAGAUGCUUCCUCUCGCAGCAUCGGAGCGCUCAACAAGAUCAACUUUGACACUCGUUUUGUCAUGAAGACUCUCAUGACCAUCUGCCCCGGCACAGUCCUGCUUGUCUUCAGUGUGUCUUGUUGGAUCAUCGCAGCAUGGACUGUGCGCAUAUGUGAGAGGUAUCACGAUGCACAAGAAGUAACUAGUACCUUCCUUGGAGCAAUGUGGUUGAUCUCCAUCACCUUCCUGUCCAUCGGCUAUGGAGACAUGGUCCCUCACACCUACUGUGGGAAAGGGGUUUGCCUGUUAACAGGAAUUAUGGGAGCAGGCUGUACAGCUUUAGUGGUUGCCGUUGUUGCAAGGAAGUCUGAGCUCACCAGAGCUGAGAAACACGUCCACAACUUUAUGAUGGAUACUCAAAUCUACAAAAAGAUAAAAAACACAGCAGCAAAUGUUUUGAGGGAGACGUGGCUCAUCUACAAAAACACCAAGCUGGUUAAGAAGAUUGACCGUGCAAGAGUACGCCACCAUCAGCGUAAAUUCCUGCAAGCCAUCCAUGAACUGCGACGAGUCAAACUAGAGCAAAGGAAAUUAACUGACCAGGCCAAUACAAUUGCUGAUCUCGCAAAGACUCAGAACAUGAUGUACGAUCUGGUGUCAGAGCUGCAGCAUCGAAGCGGGGAGCUGGACCACAGGAUCGCAGCUCUUGAAGAGAAGCUGGACUCCAUCCUUCUCAGUGUGCACUCGCUGCCUGUUGCGCUUUCUCAAGCAAUAACAAAGCUACAAAAAGAUUUCCUGGAUGAUUUGGCCUGUCGUGUCCACUUCCUCUCAUCCUCCCUGAGCUCUGAGUGCUGUUCAGUGCCUGCCAGGCAGCUCUGUCCAGGAUCCACCACACCGGAGACACCGUACAGCUGAUAGGCCUCAUUCAGUGGUUUUUCCUCUUAGUGUAUAACCCUUUCCAUGAUGGGAAGGAUUUUCUCAGCAUGCACUCUUCUUUUGGUAACACUCUACUACACAUGCAUAUAGUUACACUCAUUCAUCCCUGGGAGUUCUGCCACAUGUUGAGCAGCUCCAAUGAGAGGGGAAGUGCUUCUGUCAGAGAGAAUUAUUUCCUCAUAUCCUCCGCUCAGAGUUUCACAGUUAGUCCCAGGACUAACUUACUAACUGGACCUCUAAAUAGACAGGUAUGACUGUAGUUCCUGUUUUUUAAAUUUACAUAGUUAGAACAUUAUUUACACAAUUUUUGCGACUGUGAAACUUUGAAAAGGGUAGUGACUACAAA